CAAAUUCAUACAUACAAGGGAGGUAGUUUUCUCCCAUCUGAUAUCCUAUGGUCAUGUCAGGUCUUUUUCCGACCUUGAAGUCUGAGUUUCUGGGAAUCAUCAGCUAAAAACUUCAUUCUGGAAUUAUAUCCCUGUUUCGUCAAAGAUCAACCUUUUGUAGUAGCCUUCAUAUGAACAUGUCCUUCAACAAUGAGACUCUCCUGGGACUUUUCUUUUGCUCUCUGCUUCUCAUUACUGGUAAUUCACUAAUGUGUGAAGUCUGUCAAGGUGUUGGCAACAAUUGUACUGGCAAGAAAGUCACAUGUCGUGUAAAGGAAGAUGCCUGUGCCACCAUGUGGAUUGAUGUCACAAGUGAUAUUCCAGAAGGAAACUUAUCCAGUCAUGACCAUGAGAAUCCUGAAACAGUCAUCACCACCAGAAUCAUCUCAAAAGGCUGCACUUCAAUGGCUGUCUGCAGAUUCUUAAAAAUAACCAUAGGCAUACCUGCAUGGCAAAAAACUCUAAGAAAGAUUGUGUGCUCCUUGGCACCUCCAACAGCUGCUUUCCUGCCUCUGACAUUCUCUGGGUUCCUGUUGAUGAAGAUCUUCCUUUAGUAAAGCUUUCCCACUUGCUCAGCAUUAAAGAAAUCCUGCUAUCUACAAUGUGCUCACUGGAUUGACUUACUGAUAUCUUUGCUUUGUUAGAUUAAUGCAAAUGAAUAGCAGACGGUGAAAAAACUGCAUGUUGGUUUUAUUGAGGAUGGGAUGGGCACAAGAAACAAGGACUACACCUCUCAAAACACAAUUGUUUGUUUACCAUUAGCUUUUCUAUUAACCUACAUCCCCAGAUGUCAUUGGACUACAACUCCCAGCUUCCCCAAACUUUGACUUCAUUAGCUGAGGUUCUGUUGUGACUGCGCCUUCGGGAACUGUGGAUGAUGGUGGUGGGAUCAGGAGAGGAAGGAAAAACCCUUGCGAGGAGGGCUCGUUGGAGGAUUUGUACAGAAAGAGAAUUAGGGACCUCAAUGGGGAGUCUUCUGAGGAAGAUUCAGAUGGGGAGUUUGUGGAAGAAAUGGAUGCUGGUGAACAGGUGGUGGCUGAGGAAGUGGGCACUGACUGGGCACGGGCACCGGAGAUGUCUGGGGAAUUGGGGCCCAUGGAUACUGCUGAACCUUGGGUAUCUUCAGAAGCAGAUCCCACUUGGUCUGCUUGGAGAAGGGAGGAUGGAUCCUCAGGUGUGCAUGGUGUUGGGUGUGGGCAGGAUGAUUGGAAUUCUGAUGAAUUAGGCACGCCCGAUCCAUGAGCUUUAGCUAUGUGGAGUUCUGACUCUGAUUAAGGAUUUGGGACACCUGCUCUUUGGGUGUUGGUGUUUGGACUCCCAGGGAGAAUUGGGAUAAAUUGGGAGUGUUUGGUCACUUCACUUUGCGUAUGGCAAGGUGUUGCUGGAUUAUUUGCUUGGAUAAUCCGGUUUGGUUGCUAAAGCAUACUUUUUGAUAUAUUUUUGUUUGGACUGCUUUAAAAAACUGAAAGCUAAGUGUUUAAAGCUAUCUUUUGUGUUUGUGUCUAUUUUUUGGGCUGUCUCUUGAAUAAACUCUGUUUUGCUCUCAAA